AUGGGUGAAACAAUCGCUAUUGCCGUCGUAGGCAUGUCAUGCCGGAUGCCCGGUGGUGCGAAUAGCCCCGAGGGACUUUGGAAAGUUAUUGAAAACGGCACGGCAACAUGGACACCUGUUCCUAAGGAGCGCUUCAAUGAAAAGGCCUUCCACCACCCCAAUAUCAACAACCCAAAUGGCACUAGCACCCAUCAGGGUGGCCAUUUCAUCGAUGCUGAUGUCCGAGACUUUGACCAUGCCUUCUUCCACGUCUCUCCCCAUCAAGCAGCGGCAACCGACCCUCAGCAACGCAUGCUGCUGGAGACGACGUACGAGGCGCUUGAGAAUGCUGGCUGGUCCCGUGAUGCGGUUGCCGGCUCCAACACAGCUGUGUACGCUGCAACCUUCACAGCGGAUUUUGAUCGAAACCUGUACAAGGACACGCUUGACCUUCCCGUACAUUACCUUGCGGGUUCGGAGGAGUCCAUUAUGGCUAACCGAAUCUCCCACGUUUUCGACUUGUGCGGGCCCUCUGUCGCUCUCGACACGGCCUGCUCAGGGGGUCUCAUCGCCCUCCAUCAAGCCUGCCAGAGUUUGACGCUCAACGAGAUUGACGCUGCCGUUGUCGUUGCCGGUAAUCUCACACUGAGCCCGGAUCACCACCUGGGCAUGGGCCAUCUCCAUAUGCUAAGCGACACGGGGCGCAGCUACCCAUUCGACACCCGCGGCUCCGGUUAUGGGAGGGGCGAGGGCUUCACAGUACUCAUCGUCAAGCGUCUUGAUGAGGCCCUCCGUGACAGAGACCCGAUCCACACCGUCAUCCGCGGCAUCGCCUCGAACCACGACGGCUACACAUCCAAGGGUCUCAACUACCCCAACGGGCAGUCUCAGGCGAAGCUCAUGCGGACCACUUACUCCCGAGCCUCCGUAAGGCCCCAAGACGUUGCCUAUGUCGAGGCACACGGCACCGGGACUGUGGCCGGUGAUCAAGAGGAGCUCCAGGCCAUUGCAGACGUGUUCGCCGGCCCUGGCCGUUCCCUGCCCCUUUACGUCGGCUCGCUCAAGGGCAACAUUGGCCACCUGGAGAACGGCAGCGGCCUUGCCAGCCUGAUCAAGGCUGCCUUGGUGCUUAAGCAUAAGAAGAUUCCGCCUGUUGCCGGUUUUAAAAACCCUAAGCCGGGCCUUCCUCUGGAUCACCUGAAUAUAGCCAAAACGCUGAUUGACUGGCCUCAUGCCGAAGGCGUCAUACCCCGUGUAUCCAUCAACAGCACAGGGUUCGGUGGUGCAAAUGCCCACGCCAUUGUUGAACCAGCUCCGCUAGUUGGUCUGCCGGGCCCAGACGUCGUUGAUCUUGCAGAAGAGCCACUCUUGUUCAUAUUCUCUGCCAACAGCCAGGCGUCAUUGCUUGCCAUGCUGGAGGCCCAUAGGGAUUGGGUUCGGCAACAGACAGAUCCAAAGCCGUUGAUAGACCUGUCUUAUACGCUAUGCCGCCGCCGCACCGCCCUGCGAUGGCGAUGCAGCUGCGUGGCAAAAGACCAGCUUUCCCUCCUGGAGAGCCUCGGCAAGGCGAUUUCCAACCCCCCAACCAAGCCUGUGCCUGAUGCAACGGAAGUAAACUUCGUCUUCACUGGCCAAGGGGCCCAAUGGGCCGGGAUGGGCCGUGAGCUGCUCACCAAAGCAAAGAACGGGUCUGUCUUCCGCGACUCCAUCCGGCGCUCCGGCGAUAUCCUACUGGCCCUCGGCGCACAAUGGGACUUGGAGGCAGAGCUUCUUCGCGAUGAAACCGAGGGGGAGGUCUCUUUGCUGAAUACGGCUGAGGUAGCGAAGCCUGGCUUAACCGCUAUACAGGUGGCGGUCGUGGACCUACUACAAUCCUUAGGUGUGAAGCCACAUGCUGUAGUCGGCCACUCAAGUGGAGAGAUUGCCGGAGCAUACGCAGCCGGCCACAUCUCUCAACGUGCGGCCAUUGGUAUAGCCUACCAGGGAAGCUUCCAGGGAUCAGUUGCCAAAUCCCGCGGCCUGCCUCGCGGAGCCAUGAUGGCCGUUGGUAUGGGCGAAGAGGAAAUGAAGCCUUACAUGCAGGGGUUAACUUCAGGCGAGGCUCGCAUCGCAUGUGUCAACAGUCCGAAAAGUGUCACUCUGUCCGGAGACGCCGACGCGAUCGAUGAAGUGGCAGUAAGAUUGGCUGCCGUGUUAGAUCAGAGCAUAUUUCAUCGGCGGUUGCAGGUUGAUACAGCUUAUCACUCGCAUCACAUGCUCAACGUGGCUGAUGACUACCUUGAGCGUCUGGCGAGCAUGCCAACAGAGGGCAAGAUCCCCCCUGCCGAACAUGUCUUCUUCGUUUCUUCCGUGACGGGCCAAGUCAAGACACAAGGUUUUGAUAAUGAAUACUUUGUCGCUAACAGCGUGUCGCCCGUCCGCUUCAGCGACGCUGUUGAGACAUUGGUGCGCUCGGUGGUCCGAGAAUCAAAGCCAGUCUUCAUCGAGAUUGGUCCUCACUCGGCACUCGCUGGCCCUUUCCGGCAAACCCUAGCCCAUCUCAACCACGAACCGAAGCUGGACUUUGGCUAUUCUUCUGUCCUGCAAAGAAAGACCAAGGCUAAUGUGAGUUCUCUCUCUCUCGCCGGAUUCCUGUUUGAGCGUGGCGUACAUGUGGACUUUAAGGCUGUUUCAGCGCUGUCACCCGCACAUGAAACGGCUAUCGUCCGGUCAGACUUACCAGCCUACAAAUGGGAUCAUACCGUCAAACAUUGGCACGAGUCACGGAUCAGCAGAGAUUACCGCCUAAGACCAGACCCGUACCAUGAUUUGCUCGGAGUUCGCCUGUCUGAUUCAACGGCCAUUGAACCUAGAUGGCGGCAUAUGGUCGGGCUUGCAACUCUCCCCUGGCUCGCCGACCACGUUGUUGAUGGCCUCAUUAUCUUUCCCGGGUCCGCCUAUCUUUGCAUGGCCAUCGAGGCUAUUGUACAACUCACUCGCCAAAAGCAUCCAUCCAGGCCCUUGGAAACAGUAUCGGUCACCGAUAUUUCAUUCUUAAGGGGCUUAGUGAUCCCUGAUUCCGCUCAGCAACGCGUCGAGGUGCAGUUAAGCUUUGAGCCAAAGCCCAAUACUACGACAGGAUUUAGAUUCCGCAUAACAGCGCUUACUGAUGGGCAGUGGUAUGAGCAUUGCAAGGGUGAUGUUGAGGGCGUCUUGGUAGAGGACGACUCCUCUAACGAACUACGUUCUUGGCCGGCGGCGCUACAACCGUCGUCCAGGAAGCAUGCCACCACAAUAACACCGGAUGACGUCUAUCGAGAGCUCGCCGAGGCUGGCAACAAGUAUGGGCCGACUUUUAGAGGCAUCCAGUCAUUUGAAAUGACUGAUGAAUACCUUGAUACGUCUACUGUUAUUGUGAUUCCAAACAUGUCAGAAACAAUGCCAGCUCGGCACCAAGAACCACACAUCAUUCAUCCCUCGACACUCGACAUCAUAUUCCACACGUGUAUUCCCAUGAUCGGCCGCCAUCUUGGAAAGGGAGCUGCCAUGCCUGUUCGAUUGGAAGAGCUAUUACUAUCAGUAGAUAUACCGAGCAGCCCCAGCUCCGAGUUGUCUGUUCUUGCGACGCUCACGUCUAGUCACUUUCGCGCCGCGCAUGCAGACAUGUCUGUAACAACCAGCAACGGAAAGCCAAUUUUAUCUAUUACUGGAAUGGAGCUGCGCAGCUUGGCUUCACAUGAUACGCUGGGUAACAAAAAUCCCGAGAUUUGCUACACAAUGAACUGGCAACCUGAUGUCGAUCAUCUUCACGCUGAGGGGGUUUCUUCUUUCCAUGACCUCGUUGGCUACAUUUUCUUCAAAAGGGCAGAUUUAAGAGUUGCGCACAUUCAAUCAAUGGAUCACAGUGAUUUGACUCUUUCUUUUAUUGGAUCAGUGGACGCUCACCGCGGCUCAAUGUCGAAGCUUGAUUUACUUGACCUAGGAGCAUUCCCACGCGAGCAAGCCGAUCUGAAAUUCCUUGGCUUCCCCAAAGUUCGUCGUCAGCAACUACACGAGGAGAGUUCAAUUGCAGAUCAGGGUUUCGAGGAGAACUCCUAUGAUGUUGUCCUCAUCUCAGAUAUCGGGUUGCUGAGCCUUUCUGUCCGCCUCCUCAAACCGGGCGAGUUACUCGUGGUCACGCUGAAUGAGGGCCAAGUUCAAAGCUUAGAUACAGCUGUGCAAGAUUUCGACAUUGAGCUUCAAACUCAGCUGGAGAUCUAUGAUACCGCCCAUGCGAGCAAGGUUAUUAUGUUACGCAAGUCAAAACCCACGAGCGACAUUGAGGCGCCCAGCAACAUCCAGAUCUUGACUCACUCCUCGCAUCGGCAUAUUUCUGGCUGGGUCAAAGCAUUACAAAAGUAUCUCAGAAAUCAUCUCAAUUGCAUAAUCAGCAUUGACGCUUUCAAUAUGGAUUCUGUGUGUAGCCAUAACAGGAGCGCUACCAGUCUUAUUAUUGUAGCCGACGACCAACCUCAGUCACCGAUACUCUCCGAUGCUUCUUGUUUCAAGGCUGUCGCACGUCUGCUCAAACAGGAGCCAGCAAAUGUUCUUUGGAUUAGUCCAGAUGAGCCUCUCCCAAUGCACCAAAUUGUAGGCUUUUCCCGGACUGCCCACGCUGAGAAUGAUCGACUCCGCCUCACCACAGUUCAUGUUGCGCCUACAGUGCUAGGUGGCAUGGAAAAUAGUAGACAAGAAAUGAGUGAGAAGCUCCUCAUAUUUCUAAGCAGCGUCUUGCGUUCCCUGAGUUCCCAGACAUUCCAUUUCGAGCGAGAAUAUCGGGUGAAUGAAAGUGGGACUAUUCUUAUACCGCGCUUGCAUCCCAGCCAGGAGUUGAACCGCUCUAUCCAGCAAGAUCAUGAUGGAGGUUUCCAUAUCGAAUCUUGUCGGUUCAUGGACAAGGAACGGCCCCCCUUGGUCAUUACAGGCAGCAAUGGAUUGGCAGGCGAGGCCAUCUUCAUCGAGGAUAAUAAACUCAUUAAUCUACCUUUGGAUGCUGCCGAGAUAGAGAUAGAGACUCAUGCUACUUCUGUGUCUCAGCAAGAGGCAACUGGGCGCCAAUCAUUCUACGAGUAUGCUGGAGUGGUCUCCAAGGUUGGUUCUCUUGCCAAACCCUUCACAGUAGGUGAUUUUGUCGUCGCCGUAAGCCCAGUUAUGGGCGCCAGCCGUCUGCGUGUUUCAGCGGGGAAUGCCGGCUUGUUAUCAUCUACAGUCAGUUGUAGCAUAGGUGCCGGGCUUCUUGCGAGCACCAUGACAGCCUGCCAUGCCCUGGGCGAACUCGCUUGCCUUCCAGCCGCCGGCACGCUAUUUAUACAUGGUGCCUUGAGUACAGUUGGCCGGGCUGCCAUAGCUGUUGCAUUUUCUAGAGGUGCACAUGUCAUCGUUACAGCGCGUGAUAACAGAGAAGCAUGCCUGUUGGGAGAUCAACUGGGUAUAAGCGCAGACAACGUUCUAGUGACCAGGGCUUCAUUAUACCGACGACGAUCCCGGGUUGUUUUCGGUAGAGGGGGAAUCGAUGUAAUACUACAAGUCAACCAAGAUCCUGUUCCUCCAGAGGCAGUGCCAUAUCUUAAGCGCAAUGGGCGGUUUGUUAUAAUAGGCUCCGUCUCUUCUGCCACUCUUCCCGGUGUAGCUGCUCUCCCAGACGGGGUAAGGGUCUUAUACUGCACAGCGGAGGACAUUGUUCAAAAUCCAGGCCCUAGCUUAGUUGCCCAGGCUGCCGAUGUGCUUUCUCACGUGCCCCGAACCGGUUGGGACUAUUGGGUACGUGAUGUGUCUUUGGCAGCCGACGCCCUCCAGCUUGUUCGCAGCCGCACUACUAGCAAAGUCGUUCUCCAGGCAGGACCCGACUCAUUCGUGCAGGCCGUGGUCCCAGAUCCACCCAAUACAAGUCUGCUUUGCGAUGAUGCUUCGUAUGUUGUCGCUGGUGGUCUCGGCGACCUCGGGCAACGUCUCAUGAUACUAUUGGCGCAGCGCGGUGCAAGGCACUUUGUGACACUUUCAAGACGAGUUGCGGACACCAUUGAAAAAAGAGAUUUGCAAGCUCGGCUGGACCAAGUUGCGCCAGGGUGUUGCGUCUAUUGCAUUAGCUGUGACAUCACAUCAGAUUCAAGCCUCCAGGAUGCAGCCGAGUCAUUACGAAGAAUGGGAGUUCCCCCUGUACAUGGUGUGAUACAGUCGGCCAUGACUCUAGUCGACCGGACACUAGAUACGAUGACAUUCGACGAUUUUAAGGCGGCGACGGGAGUCAAGGUUGGCGGUACAUUGGCGCUUGAGCGUGCCUUUGCCUCGCCGGACCUUGACUUCUUUCUAUUAAUGUCAUCUGCCGUCACUAUCGUUGGCACCAGCGGGCAAGGCAACUACAAUGCGGGCAACGCAGUCUUGGAUGCCUUGGCCCAUGUUCGUGACAAGGCCAGUUCCCACUUCAUGUCGAUCAAUAUCGGUCUGAUUGAGGAUACGACUUCGCACGUGGCCAACUUGGAGGCAUGGACGAGGAGUCUAGCUCGCGCCGGCCUGAAGCCCGUUGGUCCUGAUGAAUUUACACGUUUCUUUGACCACAUACUCAGCGUCAUCAGUACACAAACCAGCAGCGUUGAAUACAAACAAAUUCACCACGCCAUGUUCGGUUUUGACGGGGAAAGCCUGCUAGGUACAACUUCUCGAAAUGCCACUUGCCACUCUGCCUUGUUCAUGCAUGUCUUUGAUGCAAAGCUGACUUCCACAUCGACCACAAACACAUCUGACGGCGGCACUGCCCCGCGGACACUAGCAGAGGUUCUCGAAUCUGGCGAAUCGGCGCCAUACUUCAUCUCAAACGCCAUAGCAGAUCGGUUAGCACGGCUCAUCUCAGCCGAUAGCACCAGCAUCGACCAAGAGAGUCGCUCCAUCUUGGAACUGGGACUCGAUUCACUGGUCGCGAUUGAGUUGCGCAACUGGAUCAUGUCUCAGUUCGAUGCACCGCUCCAGUCGUCGGAGAUUCUUACCAACCAGACCAUAUAUGCUCUUGCUGGGAAGGUGCUCGCGCGUUCCAGUAUUGCGGCCUUAACGUUGUCUGAUGACAGCGACUUGGCCGUGGAGACGCCGGAUUCAACUCAAGGGUCUGAUGGACUUAGCCACCCGCCUCUUCCCAUUCCAUCGCUCAGUGAUACCUUAAAUCGGUUCAAGGAAUCGCGGCGUGCUGUCGAUUCAGACACCAAGCAGCACAUAACUGCCAGUGCUGUGCAGACCUUUGAAGAAGAUGUUGGCCUCAAGUUGCAGAAACGUAUCGAGGACGCUGGCCCUGAUGCCAUUAGCGACGCGUUUGAUCAGCUCAUCUACCUUGAAUGGCGUGAGCCGCUUAUGGAACAGGGCCAAUUCUACUUUGUUCAUUCACUCGAAGCCCCUGUACAUUCUCAGCUGGCUCGCGCAGCCACUCUAACGAUGGCUACCAUGCAGUUUGAACGUCUUCUCGUUGCUGGGCAAAUCGCUCCGCACAGUUUGCAUGGUGUACCUGUAUCGAGCAAAGGACAUGAGUGGCUGUUUGCAACAACUCGGUGUCCCGGUCUUGUGGCGGACCAGAUGAUACGCUAUCCUCCGAACUCGACAGUAGCUAUUCUCCGUCGCGGCCACGUAUUUCUGCUAGAGCUCCCCAAUCGUGACACGGAAAUGGAGUUAUCUAGGAUAUAUGCCGCCUAUCAAGAGAUCAUAAAGGUUUCCGAGAAGCACGCAGUCCCCGUCUGUACUCUGACUUCGAAUGAUCGGGUUACUUGGACCAAGGCUCGGGGCAAAAUCGAAUUAGAUACCGAUAAUGCCUUAGCGCUGGCGUCUAUCGAGUCUGCCGCAUUCGUCGUGUGUCUUGAUGAUGAAGAGCCCACGACGGCGGGGGAACGCCAUAUGCAAUUUCUCCUCAACGGCACCAGCCACCACAUGGAAAAUCGAUGGACUGACAAGCCCUUCCAACUCGCGGUGGCUGCCAACGGCGUAUCAGCAGGCAUCUACGAUCAUUCAAAGGUUGACGGCUUAGAUGGACGAGCCAUGCACCGAUAUAUCACUCAAUCUCUGUUUGGCUUCGCCAGCUCCGAGCUAGAGAGUCUCGCAGUCAAUGUGAGCUCAUACCCUGUGCGCAAGGUUACCUGGAACUUGACGCCAGACACAAUACAUGACAUUGAGCUUGCUCAGCAGCGCUGCAAGAUCAGCUACCACGCCCUCGACUACCAGACCUUCCAGGUCAGCAACCUCAACCCUACCCAACUACGCAAUCACCGUGUGUCCCCGAACGCUACAGCUUAUCUCACAACUGCACUUGCCACAUAUCUUGUUGAUGGUAGGGUCCGGCCGUCCUGGGAGGUGGUAUCGCAGGCUCAGUAUGCUCGCGGACGCAUCGAGUGGGUGCAGACCGUCACACCCGCCGUGCGUGAUUUUAUCGAGGCUGCCGCAGCCAGCUGCGCAACACGAGACAUAUUUAAUGCGGCCGCCUCUUCCUAUUCACGAGCCAUCUCCACGGCUGCCGCGGGACAGGGCUUUGUGAACCAUCUAUACGCGCUGCGCAUGGCACUGAAGCCAGGAGAGGAGGUGCCUGAGAUAUUUGGCACGCAUGCUUGGCAGGCCACGCGCCGUGGGGGGUUAGAGCAGGGUCUCAAGACGGGAUUCAUGCCCGAGGAUGACGAUGAACAAGAGGAGCGGUUGUACGGGUGGCACUGGGACGCGGGCUCGUUCUUGGUGACGGGAGAGGGGAACGCCUAUAUCCACUGUGAUGUUCUGAAAGACAAUAUCAGUUUUACCGUCUCGGGAGAUGCUGAGUACACGGCGGCUGUUCACGAAGCGUUGAAGCAGGCUUCUGAGACGGUAUCCUCUAUUCUAAGACCCUUUCACUACGCCAAGGCGGUGGGAGUAUUCGUCAAGUCAACUAGUUGA